AAAAAAACAAAACAAAAAUGGGUGACGUGGCACGGCGACCUGGAUUUCCUUAAAUGGCAAGUUGGAUAUUUAGAUAGUUGACAGUCCGAGACUUCCUCUCUAUAUCGAACACUAUUUCGUUUUUGGUCUGUCAUGUCUAUUGUUACUGUGUUUAUUACGACUUCAGAGAACAUUAGUUCGGAAAGAAGAUUGGACCGAGGAUGGACCAUUUUGGAGCUCAAGGGAAAAUUGGAGCCCAUCACGGGUAUUCCCGCCGAAACCCAGAAUCUCGAACUGUACCAAGGUGAUAACCGUGUCGGACCCUUGGAUGAUGAAAACCGUUUGGUCGGAUCGUAUCCGAUUGAUGAUUUUAUGCGUAUUCACGUCAUUGACACCAAUCCGCAUCGCAUCAAAAAUCAAUUUACCGAUGUAUCAUUGGUCGAAAAAUUCGAAUUAACCGAAGAAGAAUACGCAAAACGAUCUGAUACGGUCCGUGCGUUCAAAGAACGCAAUAAGCUUGGUCGUUUCUCGGACGAGGCAGCAGUACAGUUGCAAAAAACAGAACAAGAGUAUGAGGAAGCGGCCAAGAAGAUCAACAUCAACGACCGCUGUGAGGUGCAAGUUGGCGACGAUGAUGCGAUCCGCCGCCGUGGAUGCGUCCGGUACGUGGGUCCAACGCACUUUCAAUCUGGUAUUUGGGUCGGUAUUCAGUACGACGAGCCAUUGGGUAAGAACGACGGCAGCGUUCAGGGCGAACGUUACUUUUCCUGUCCACCCAAAUAUGGAGGUUUUGUGCGACCAACAAAAGUCACCGUUGGUGAUUUUCCCGAGGAAGACCUGUUAAUGACGGAUGACGAAUUGGAAGAAAUGUAAAUAGCCUUAUACGUCAACCAUGGAAAAACAUUAUACCACGAAUAAUAAUAUCAUAGGCAAAGCGUCUUUGUUAAUUUGCAUCCUAUUCAACAUGAAGAAAUCACAAUUUUGAAAGUCAGAUGGCAAAAAUAUGCAAAAGCAGUAAG